AGUCUUAAAAAAAAAAGAAUCAUGACGAAUCGUGAGAGAUUCGAUGCACUUGAGGAAAGCGUAAGGUCCCUUGGCAACGGACAACACGUGGUCAAUGAAAACAUGACAAAGUUGGAGCUGAUGAUACAUGACUUGGCGGGACAGCUGGAGAGAGUCAACCACCAUACGCGGAGGAGCCGCACAUCGAGAUCAACCAUGGCGGGAAUGGGCAGUUCGACGUCUAGUCGCGAUGAUGACGACGAACGGUCGCGGGGAACGUGCGCGACGCGCACUACCCGACACCACUGCGAUCGCAGGAUGCAUGGCCAUCGGCAUCAUCGCGAGGAGCACGUACGUGCGAAACCGAAGAUAACGAUGCCAACGUUCGAAGGAGUAGAUCCGGAUGCAUGGUUAAGUCGUGCCAUGCAAUUUUUCGAGAUCAAUGAGGUACACAAAUCUGAAAGAGUUCAAAUUGCUGCCUACUACUUGGAUGGGGAGGCUAACACAUGGUGGCAAUGGGUGUCACAUGUUUAUAAAAAUAAAGGCGAGCAAAUCAGAUGGCGAGAUUUUGAGAAGGAGCUGAUUGCCAGGUUUGGAUCUAGCGAAUACUUUGAUUAUGAUGAGGUGCUGACAAGGAUCCGCCAAACCGGUAGUCUAUGCGAUUACCAAAAGGAGUUUGAGAGGAUAGCAAGCCGAGUUCGGGAUUGGCCCGAGAAAGCACUUGUAGGUGCGUUUGUAGGAGGCUUAAAGGCUGAAUUGGCUGUAGAGGUACGAUUGGACAGGCCAAGGUCAACAAGGGCUGCCAUGGAAGCGGCGCGACUGCACGAGGAUCAUCUCGUGGCAGUGCGCAGGGCCAGACCGAGCGAGGGGCGCACGGACGUUCGGCGCGCGAGCGUCGUGGUCAACGAUACGCCCCCACGGGCCGAGGUCAAGCCAACAGUCGGCGAUGGUACACGCACCACUAGCAACUACCGACGGCUGACGGAGGAUGAGAUACAAAGGCGAAGGGAGAAAGGCUUGUGCUUUACUUGCAACGAGAAAUUUGCGCCAGGCUACAAGUGCAAGGGUAAGGAAAUUUUUGUGUUGGAAAGUGAGGAGGAACGAGAGGAAGAAAAGCCGCAGGAAGAUUCUUGGUUGCAUAUGGUGAAGUGCAACAAGCGUGGUCCUAGGAUGAUCAGAUUCACGGUCGAGAUAAAGGAUAUGUUGUUGGAGGUCCUGGUGGACAGUGGGUCGAGUUUAAAUUUUAUCGACGAAAAGAUAGCCCAAAAGCUGAAGUUAGUACCCACAAAAGUCAAGAAGUUUGGUGUCAAGUGUGCACAUGGUGUCCGACAUUUUUAUGCUGGCAGAUGUUCAGUUAUCAGUCAGGUGAUGUUUAUCAUGAGAUCAGUAUCAGAUUAUUCAGUACCGGUAUCAGUAUCAGUUUCAGUUUCAGUUUCAGUUCACUUCAGUUAUAUAUGCCAGGAUCAUGAUAUUGUUAUUAUUUUCACU